AUGACUGCGGCCCCAACAUACCAAGAUCUCGCAGCCAAGAAGCGCGCCGAACAGCUAGCUCUUAUCCCUCCGGAAUGGCGCUUUGCCGAGAUACCCUCCGUUGAAUCUACACCAGAUGCACUCCCAUAUAUCCGCAAAUGCCUGACCUCCGCAGAGCUAGCCCUGACAGAAGAAACCGACAUCACCGUUCUCCUCCGAAAAUUAUCAUCCGGCGAAUUAUCCUCCCUAGAAUUGACACGCGCCUUCGCAAAACGCACAUCCCUAGCCCACCAACUUACAACAUGUUGCACAGAGAUCCUCUUCGAAGAAGCCUUCGCAACAGCCGCAAAGAUGGAUGAGCAUCUCAAUAAAACAGGCAAAACCCUCGGUCCACUCCACGGCCUCCCGGUCUCAGUCAAAGAUCUAUUCUCCGUCAAAGGCGUCGAUACUUCAAUCGGAUGGGUUGGUCUAACCAAUAACCCUGCCGCAGCCGAUAAAUCCGUCGCCCGAACCCUCCGCCGCCUCGGCGCCGUUCUAUACGCCAAAACCAACCUCCCUCAAUCAAUGAUGAUGUCCGACUCCUAUAACCAUGUCUUCGGCCAAUGUGUCAAUCCAUUCAAUCGCAAUUUAAUCUCUGGCGGCAGUUCCGGCGGCGAGGGAUCGCUCGUCGCGGCGCGAGGUAGUGCGCUGGGCAUCGGGACUGAUCUGGGUGGCUCGAUUCGCAUUCCUGCUAGUCUAUGUGGACUUUAUGGAUUGUCGCCUAGUCCUGGAAGACACCCUUAUGAGCGGGGAAAUCCCGGCCAGGAUAUCGUGAGGUCUGUCGCUGGACCGAUGAGCUGUAGUCUGGCGACUAUUGAGCGGUAUAUGGAGGCUUUGCCCUCUGCAGCAUCUUGGGAGUUCGAUCAGCAUAUCGCGCCCGUGCCGUGGCGGAAGAGCUUGGCAUCUCUAAGGCCGAAGAGGUUGAAGAUUGCGUUUUUGGUUGAUGAUGGGGUGGUUAAGGUUCAGCCUCCUGUUGAACGGGCGGUUCAGGAGGUUGUUGAUGCGUUGAGAGCGGUUGGGCAUGAAGUUUUCGAGUGGGACGCUUCUUCUCAUGAGUAUGCGUAUGAGCUUUGGGAAAAGGCUAUUUUGUCUGAUGGGGGCGAGGGGGCUAAGAAAAAGAUUGAGAUGACGGGUGAGCCGUUAAUUGAGGGCAUGUUGGUCGGGACGGAGAAGGAUAUUUUGACAACUUCUGAGACUCAUCAACUCAACGCCGAUAAGUACUUGUAUGAGACAGAGUACCUUCACCGCUGGGCUUCUUCCGGUAUCGACGCCAUCAUCAUGCCGAAUUCCCCCUGGGUUGGAUACAAGCCCUGGACUUGGGUUAAGUCAAAUGCAUAUGUCGGGUAUACCAGUAUCUGGAACUUGCUUGGCUAUGCUGCCCUGACUGUGCCUGCUACCUCUGUCUCGAAAGAGAAGGAUUUGCCGAGCAAAAAGUGGCAGGAAUAUAUGCCGCGGAAUGCAGGCGACAAGUUCAAUAAAGAGCAGUGUAAGUCUUUCAUUAUUUUUGGUCAUAAUCGGAGUGCUGAUCAUGCUACAGACGAUGUUGAACUGGUAGAUGGCAUGCCGGUUGGCGUGCAGGUUGUCGGUGGGCGAUUUGGAGAGGAGAAAUGUGUUGCCGUCGCGAAGGCGAUUGAACAGGCUAUGAGGUGGAAGAACGGGGCCACUUCCAGCCUUUAA